AUGAAAGAAUACAUGGAUGAAGUCGAGGAGUGCGUGUUAUUUGGGCCUACUCGAAUAGGACAUGGAACAUUUUUGCAUGAAAUUUCAGACGAAGCUCAGCUUAAUAGGAUUUCGGAAUAUUUAUACAAAACUCGUAUCCCAAUAGAGAUAUGUCUCAGUUCAAACAUGGUCUGUGGGACAGUUAAAUCGGUGGAUGCCAGUCAUCUAAUGCAUUACUACAAAAAGAAGUAUCCAGUAUUAAUUAGUACCGAUGAUCCAACGAUGAUGUGUUGCAACUUAUCGGAUGAGUAUAUGCGUGUUGGACGGGCGCUGAAUUUGGAUCCGCAGGGAACUUUUAAUCUGUCAUAUUCCACUACCGAAUACAUUUGCAAAAAUUUAACUGCUGACGAGAAAUUGCGCAUACUUGGUCAAUUUCAAAAGUUUACAAAAGCUUACAAUCUUAUUUUGGAAUAUUCCAAAGUUUAG